UGCACCGUCCUCAUCCUCCUCCUCCUCCUGUGCCCUGCCGGCAGCUGGCACAGAGCCUGCUCCAUCCCCAGGCAGCUGCUUCACCUUCAAGCCUGCGAGCGAUGUUCAGGCAGCGGAGGAGAUGCGCUCAUUUCCAGCAGACUGCAGGACAUCCUGACUGCCAGCCGUGCCUACGGAAGCAGAACCAUCCCUUCCUGAGUGCCGGACCCAGAGGGCACAGAGAAUUCCUCAGUCUAUCCUCUGGCCACUCAAGGAUCUGCAGCUGCUUCUCCUCCGAUGGCUCCAUGCUCUCCCAGGAGCUGAGUCCCCCCUGUGUGGCCCUGCUGUGCUUCAGGACGAGGGCUCUGUGCUUGCUGCAGCAUGGUCCAGGCCUGCUUGGUGUGCUCCAGAGUUCAUAGGGGCAGCCUGGCAGCCCAGGCAGCUGCAGAGGACAUGGACAAGGCAGAGAAGCCCAGUCCCCCUGCCAAGAAGCACGUGCGACUGCAGGAGAGGAGAGGCUCCAAUGUGUCACUGGUGCUGGAUAUGAGCUCUCUGGGGAACGUGGAGCCCAUCCAGCCUGUCUGCACGCCACGGGACAUCACACUGAAGUUUCUGAGGACAUCCAGCCACGUGCUGAGGAAACAGGAGCUCCAGCAGCACGCCCAGAGCCUGGCACAGCUCCAGGAGGAGUUCUCGAAAAUCCCACCCAACUUCGUGAGUCCGGAGGAGCUGGAAAUCCCUGGCCGUGCUUUCAAGGACAGAUACAAAACCAUUCUCCCCAAUCCUGAGAGCCGGGUCUGCCUCAGGAGGGCUGGGAGCCAGGAGGAAGACAGCUACAUAAAUGCCAACUACAUCACAGGCUAUGCGGGCCGGCCCCGGGAGUACAUCGCCACACAGGGCCCCCUGCUGAACACCGUGAGCGACUUCUGGCAGAUGGUGUGGCAGGAGGAGGCGCCCCUCAUCGUCAUGAUCACCGAGCUCCAGGAGCGCAAGGAGAAAUGUGUCCACUACUGGCCUGAGAAGGAGGGCACCUACGGCCCCUUCACCAUCCACGUGCAGGGGGUGAGCGAGUCUGUGGAGUACGUGGUGCGGGACCUCUCCAUCCAGCUUGGGAAGGAAUGCCGCAAGGUCAAGCACAUCCUCUUCCCCUCCUGGCCAGACCAGCAGACACCUGAGUCAGCCAAGCCCCUGCUGCACCUGGUGGCCAAGGUGGAGGAGGCUCUGCAGACUGCAGCCAGCCCAGGGCCCAUCGUGGUGCACUGCAGCGCGGGCAUCGGCCGCACCGGCUGCUUCAUUGCCACCAGGAUCGGGUGCCAGCAGCUGCAGGACACGGGGGAGGUGGAUAUCCUGGGCAUCGUGUGCCAUCUGCGCAUAGACAGGGGUGGGAUGAUCCAGACGAGCGAGCAGUACCAGUUCCUCCAUCACACGCUGGCUCUCUACGCCUCCCAGCUGCCAGAGGGGGCAGCCUGCUAGUGCAGGGCUCCCGCCGGGCCCGUGGCUCCCUGCUCGGACCUCUCCUGCACCAGCCUGGGGAUACCUUCACCAAAACCCCUCCUGAUGCUGCCAGGCCACAGAGCAGCAGCAUAAGCAUCCCUCGGGUGCUCCCUGUGCAUCCCACAGCCCAGCCAGCCCAACUGUGGCUUUGGACCCUGGGGAUGAGCAAGGUGAGGUGCUGCACUGGCUGCUCCACGUGGCCACUGCUGCUGCCUCCAGGCAGAUUUCACCCGCAGAAAGCAGCUUUGGCUUUUGAGAGGUGCAAGAUCCUGACGCAGAAGAGCAAGCUGUGUGGAGGAACUGCAGCUGGCAGAUGCUGGGAGUGUGGUUUGCCUUUCAGCUGCACACAAAUGUCCACCCUGUCAGACACAGCACUGGUGGAACUACCCUGAAAUAAACAGAGCCUCUGUCCUGGCUGUGCAUCCUUGUGGGCAGGGCUGGGCUUGCUCCAAACAUGCCCCAUGAAGCUCUGCUUGCUAAAGACACACCUUGAUGGCUUGGUGCACAGUCACUAACAGCGUUCCACAACUUGCUUUCCUCUCCACCUUCAGCCAACACCUCCUCAACAGCCUUAAAGCAGAAUCAUAGAAUUAUAAAGGUUGGCAAAGACCUCCAAGGUGAUCAAAUGCAACCUCUGAUCGAACCCCACGGAGGCCACUAAACAGCAUCAUGAAUUGCCAUGUAUAUUUGUUUCCUGAGCACCUCCAGGGAUGGUGAGUCCACCUCCUCCCUGGGCAGCCUGUGCCAGUGCCUGAGCACCUUUCAGGGAGGAAAUUUUCCCCCAUAUCCAACCCAGACCUCCCCUCUCU